AAAAGCGGAAGUGUCAGCGGCGACUAGCAGCAGUUGGUGAAGAAUGAUCAAUGUGACGCGUGAGUGUUUAAAAGGACACAAAAAAGCCUGUCAUGUGACACAGCUGUGACUUUGUGGUGAAGAUGGCAGCAUGGACAUAACGCAGCUUCUACUACGUCGCUAGCUUAGCCAAUGUAGCAUGUCGCUAGCUUAGCCACGUUAGCAAACAUGCUAGCAGUCGGUGACUUUCUAGAACUGCUUCUAUUUGUGACUUUCAAGUUGUAUUUCCAACAAUGACUUUCUAGAACUGCUUCUAUUGGUGACUUUCAAGUUGUAUUUCCAACAAUGACUUUCUAGAACUGCUUCUAUUUGUGACUUUCAAGUUGUAUUUCCAACAAUGACUUUCUAGAACUGCUUCCAUUUGUGACUUUCAAGUUGUAUUUCCAACAAUGACUUUCUAGAACUGCUUCCAUUUGUGACUUUCAAGUUGUAUUUCCAACAAUGACUUUCUAGAACUGCUUCCAUUUGUGACUUUCAAGUUGUAUUUCCAACAAUGACUUUCUAUAACUGCAUCUAUUUGUGACUUUGAAGUGGUAUGUCAACAAUGUGGCUCCAGCAGCGACUGAAGGGUCUCCCCGGCUUGCUCUCGAGCAGCUGGGCUAGAAGAAUGAUCCUGGGACUGCUCAUCUUCCUCAUCUUCUACUGGUACCUGGGUGCCGAGCGCAAGUGGCGCUUCUUUAGCGGCUCGGCCAUGCCCGGCGGGGCGGCGGGACUGUGUCUGGAGGCGGAGAUCCACAGGUGGAAGUCCCUUGUGGAACGUGGGGAGGGUUUGUACAGCACAUCCCAGGAACAAGUGGACACACCCUUUGUCACGGGCAACGGCCAUAUUCUUAUUGACACUGACGCCAACAGACUGUGGGUGGCGUCCUCCUCACAGCCCGGGUCAGCCCCGGUCCACCAGGCGGAUUAUUCCCCCAUCGCGAGCGUUCAUCUGGAGGGAAAGCAGACUGAAGCACGGGCGACCAUGAUGUGGUUCCGGAAAGGAUCCGUGCUAUCGGUCCGCUGUGCCGCACGGGCGGCGGUGCAGUCCUCCCGGGGCUGCGUCACCAUCAGAGAGGAGUUUAUCGCCCACAGGAGCCGACACAACGUCUAUCUUCAGAGAGUCCACAUCAACAACCCCACUGACAAGCCGGCCACCUUCGAGGUGUCCUCCAAAACCACAGACUUUGACAGAAAGUUCUCCACCAGCGUGGACAAAGUGGAGAACAAGGAGAUCGUCCUGGCGUCGGGGAGAGUGUCCCUGGAGAAGAACCGCAUGGUGCUGGUGGUGGUGGUCACCAAGAAGCUGAGCGGCAGGAUCCAGGUCUUUCCCAACUCCGAGUACACAGACAACAUUGUGUCUGUGGUGAGGACUUCGCAGCCCAUCGAGCCUUCGAAGCUGGACGAGACCUUUGUGAGCCUGAGGGAUGAAGCCAAAAAAGAGCUCGUAGAGCUGCUGAAGGCAAAUGUGGACGACCUGGUCAUAGACCACCAACAGGCCUGGAUGGACCUCUUCAUUUCCGGCGUGGAGAUGAGGAAGAUCACGGACUCGCACACGCCGUCGAGCCGCACGGUGAACGCCACGCUCUACUACAUGCUGUCGUCCUGGGCGGCCCCCUUGCUGGAGCGGCGGCUGGGCAGCGAGGAGCGCGGCGCCCUGGAGUCCAGCCUCAACUACGCCGACCACUGCUUCAGCGGCCACGCCACCAUGCACGCCGAGAACCUGUGGCCCGAGCGGGUGAGCAGCGCCGCCCAGAUCCUGCAGCUGGUCACGCUCUGGACCCUGACGCUGCAGAAGCGCGGCUGCAAGGCGCUGGUGGCGGCCGGCGCCCACGGGGCCAUGCAGGGCAUGGCGCUCAGCUUCGGGGGUCUGCAGUUCACGGAGAACCACCUGCAGUUCCAGGCGGACCCGGACGUGCUGCACAACAGCUACGCCCUGAGGGGGAUCCGCUACAACCGGGACCUCAUCAACCUGGCGGUCCUGCUGGACGGCGAGGGCAAGCCCUUCCUCCACGUGUCCGUCAAGCCGCAGGAGAAGCCCGUCAAGCUGUACGCCUGCGAGGCCGGCUGCCUCAACGAGCCCGUGGAGCUCACCUCGGAGGUCAAGGGUCACACCUUCCCCGUCAUGGUCACGCAGCCCAUCACCCCGCUGCUCUACAUCUCCCCCGACCUGCGCCACCUGCAGGACCUGCGCCACACGCUGCACCUGAAGGCCAUCCUGGCCCACGAGGAGCACAUGGCCAACAGGUACCCGGGCCUGCCCUUCCUCUUCUGGUUCAGCGUGGCCUCGCUCAUCACGCUCUUCCACCUCUUCCUCUUCAAGCUCAUUUACAACGAGUACUGUGGCCCCGGUGCCAAGCCCCUCUUCCGCAGCAAGUGAUGACUAAUCAACUUCUACGUCUAAUUGAUGAAUACUAUUACCGCACAGUGAAGGUGUACAUGCAGGUGUGUACUUCUACAUGCAGGUGUGUACUUCUACAUGCAGGUGUGUACUUCUACAUUCAGGUGUGUACUUCUACAUGCAGGUGUGUACUUCUACAUGCAGGUGUGUACUUCUACAUGCAGGUGUGUACUACUACAUUCAGGUGUGUACUUCUACAUGCAGGUGUGUACUUCUACAUUCAGGUGUGUACUUCUACAUGCAGGUGUGUACUUCUACAUUCAGCUGUGUACUUUUACAUGCAGGUAUGUACGUCUACAUGCAGGUGUGUAGUUGUACAUGCAGGUGUGUAGUUGAUCGUGACACAAGCCGCUGAGCACUUUGCUGCACGUCUCUUGGUUGAUUUCUUCCGUGUGUGUUGAUGUUUUCUAAUGAUUCACUCCAUUAAAUGAACAAGAAAUCA